AUGGAAACUGGGUCAUGGAGGGAUGUUGGUUUGAUUUGUUGGUGUGGGUGGAUUUUGGCUUCGCCUCUCCUGUGCGAGCGUUUGGCGGAACUGUUGUGCUGGUCCGUGGGGCGAGCCGGACUGGCGGGCGAUCGGGCUGGUUGCUAUAGAGAUGGUGGACCUGUGCUUCCUUCUCGCUUUUGUGUUUUCUUUUAUUAUUUCUGGAUCCGCCACAUUUACCGCGAGAACCGUGGCGGCCCGGGACCUGCUGCUGCUGGGGCCGAGGAGCAAGCGGAGCCCAGGCCGGGAGCCGCGGCCCUGUUGGUCACCGCCCACCCCGACGAUGAGUGCAUGUUCUUCGCGCCAGCCGUGCUGCGCCUGGCGGCCCGCGGCCCCGUCCACCUGCUCUGUCUCUCCACAGGGAACUUCUACAAUCAAGGGGAAGUUCGUAAGAAGGAACUGCUGCAGAGCUGUGCUGUCCUUGGAAUCCCUUCAUCCUGUGUAACCAUCUUGGAUCACAGGUUCCCUCCUGUUUUAAGAAGACCACUAUCAUCCUGGUACCGAAGAAAAGCAAGCGAUCUUCCAGACCAUCCUGGGGUACAGUGGGACCCAGAGCUUAUUGCUCUGCUUAUCCUCAAGCACAUAAAAAUACGUGAUAUCAAUCUGGUGAUGACGUUUGAUAAAACUGGAGUGAGUGGACAUGCCAACCAUACUGCUGUUUACUAUGCUGUCAGGAGACUUUGCUCAGAGAAGAAACUGCCUAAUGAGUGCCAGGCUCUUGUACUUGAAUCUACAAACGUUAUCCGGAAGUAUAUCUCCAUCUUGGAUCUUCCAAUCAGCUGGCUAAGACCCCACUACGUGAUGUAUAUAUUACAAAGUCAGGAGUAUCAACAGGCCAGGGCAGCAAUGUAUUGUCAUCAGACCCAGCUGCUGUGGUUCCGUCGUUUCUACCUGUACGUGUCUCGUUACAUGGUUAUAAACACUUUCCAUUUACUUUCACAUUGAUGACAAUCACGUGAUGGUCCAUUCAUUCUUCAAACUGCUCAAGCAGGUCAACAGCAGAUGCUAUUUCACUGGCUCUCCGGUCUGUUCUGGAUCAUCUGCAAAACAGAAGUGCAUACAUCAGGCUGCAGUUCAUCGAUCCAGGUCAUGGCCUCUUCUCGCUGCUACCAUCGGGCAGGAGGUACAGAAGCCUGAAGUUCCACACCACCAAAUUCAGGAACAGCUAUUUUCCUACAAACAUCAAAUUCUUGGACCGAUCUGCACACCCCUAACCCUACUUCAGCAAUGGAAGACCACCUUGUGCACAACCAAGGAGUUUCUAAUUGUGCUUUUGCACUGAUGUUUUGUAGUCUUUUUUCCCUUACUGUCUUGCAUAAUUUAUGUACCCCUUAUGUAUAAUUUAUGUUCUGUGUGUUCUCUGAAAUCUAUGUGCCUGUGAUACUGCUGCAACCAAGUUUUUUUGUUGUACUCGUACCUCACCAUAUUUGUGCAGAUGAUAAUAAACUUGA